UAUCACCAAAAAAAAAAAAAAACACCCCAGCAAAACUCACCAUCCAUAGCCACUCCUUAACAAAAAUGGCAAUUCUCAGCAUCUGCUCCUGCUAUCCCAAACUCCUUCCAAACCCAAAACUUCAUCAACCUUCUUCAUUCUCCCUCAGUUCUAACCCACAAGUUUCCUUAAAUCCACUCGAGUCCCCGAAAAAUCCUUUAAUCUCUUUAACCGAAUCAAUCUCAAAAACAACCUUUCUAGCCCUUCUCUCAGCUUCACUCUUCUUUACUCCCAAUCCAGCUUUAGCAUUUAAAGGCGGAGGUCCUUACGGUGCUGGAGUAACACGUGGCCAAGAUCUAACAGCUAAGGAUUUCAGUGGAAAAACAUUAAUUAAACAAGAUUUUAAAACAUCAAUACUAAGACAAGCUAAUUUUAAAGGAGCAAAAUUAAUUGGAGCUAGCUUCUUUGAUGCGGAUUUAACAGGUGCUGAUCUAUCUGAUUCGGAUCUUAGAAGUGCUGAUUUCUCAUUAGCUAAUGUGACAAAAGCGAAUUUAAGCAAUGCUAAUCUUGAAGGUGCACUUACAACUGGAAAUACAUCUUUUAAAGGGUCAAUUAUUAAAGGUGCGGAUUUUACUGAUGUUCCUUUAAGAGAUGAUCAACGUGAAUAUCUUUGUAAAAUUGCUGAUGGUGUGAAUACUGUGACCGGUAAUGCAACACGAGAGACAUUGCUAUGUGAAUAGCUUUGUGUAAUGUAAGCUGUUUAAUUGUUGAUGGCUUCAUCAAUUACUACUUUGUUUAUAUAUGAUUUGAACCUGUAACAUGCCCCAUGAGGUUCCAUCAUAUUUGAUCAAAUUGCGAAUAGAUUGUAUUUUUGCGUUAUUGUGGUUCACUUGUAAGGCUACUGCCAUCUACAUUGUUGUCCAUUUUUUGGUACUAUUACAAAGAAAAUGCACUACGACGAUGGAAGAUUGAUUUGGA